AGGAGAAACGAAGAAAGAACUAUAGUAUAGAAUUUAAAGGGGGAAGGAAGGUGAAGGUCAAACAGAAAUCUUUUAAAAUGAAUGUCACGCUGACAGCAAAGGGACUUCCAGCCGGACUUUUGAAAAGACAUUUGAGUAAUUUCACAAAGAGGUUCUUCCAGACAUCUUCCGCAAAUAUGGUUCAAGUAGGCGAUUCCGUACCCAAUGUAGAUCUCUUCGAGAAUCUACCGACAAAUAAAGUUAAUCUAACGGAGUUGUCACAGGGAAAAAAGGUGGUCUUGUUUGCUGUACCUGGAGCUUUUACACCCGGAUGUUCCAAAACUCAUUUGCCUGGCUAUGUAAGUAAAGCCGAUGAAAUGAAGAAACAAGGUAUUAGCGAAAUCGUGUGCGUUUCUGUCAAUGAUCCUUUCGUGAUGGCCGCCUGGGGAAAAGACCAAAAAACCGAAGGAAAAGUCCGAAUGCUGGCUGAUCCGUCAGCUUCUUUAGCUAAAGCGUUGGAUUUAACGGUUGAAAUUGGCCCAUUAGGCGGAGUAAGAAGCAAGAGGUACUCGAUGGUAAUUGAUAAUGGUAAAAUCACAUCUCUUCAAGUAGAGCCUGACGGCACUGGACUUUCCUGUUCGUUAGCUGAAGCUAUUAAGAUAUAAACUGUAUUUUUUGAUCUGAUGUAAUUUUGAAGAUGUAAACUUUAGUUGUCGUUGUCUUACAUACAUUCGUUAGUUUUGAAAUGAGAAUUCCAUUACUAAAUUACAAUAUUAUACUCUAUUCGCUAACUGUUUAAAAGUUUUAUAAAAGGGUCAAAUAUUAAAUAAUCUUAA